ACUUUAGAUUUUUUGUUGUUAACGACAAACGAUAAGUAGCAGCUAGUACGAAAUACACGUCAGUGUUGCGUGCAUGUGUUUCAUAUCAACACUUUAAUCAAUUUUAUCUUGUGCACUUUUAAAAUAUCAUCUGCAAAAUUCGAAAUCAGUCUGGCUUUUUUAUGUGUGUCAUUCUCAUUAUGUAAAAUCGUGUGGACUGUGUUUUUGAAACUAGACUUUUUAAAGAUUUUAGUGCGCGAAUACUAUACGUACCUACUUGAAGUAUUUUUCAAUUGCAAAUUGCUUAUAAUUUUUAAUCUGUCCUAUUUAUAUGUGUCCAGUACAAAAGGUCCCAAAAUGUCGCGCUCACGCACACUGCCAAGGCUGCUGUGUUCUCGCAGCGCACACACACAACCAAUCAAUAAGAAUUUUCUCUAUAUUUCUAGCGAUAAAAUAAUUGUCGAAACAGACAGAAAAACUUUGAAGCUAACGAAGCCAACGAACAAGCCUGUAUGCAUCAUGAUGGGCUGGCUGCUGGCGACGGACAAGCAGGUGAUGAAGUACGCCAACAUCUACCUCGAGGAAGGCUUUGACGUGUUACGAGUUACUUGCGCGCCGUGGCAGCUUCUGUGGCCGGUGAAAGGAGCUAAGGUGAUCGCUCGAGAUCUGCUGCAGCUGAUGUCUGCCAAUGACUCCACGUACAUGGUGCACGGGUUCUCAGUAGGUGGUUACGUAUGGUCCGAAGCCAUGAUCCACGCCUUGACUGACAAAAAGAGGUACCAGCCGGUGUUAGACCGCGUGGAGGCCCAGGUGUGGGACUCCGUGGCUGACAUCACCGAGGUAUCCGUGGGCGUGCCUCUCGCUAUGUUUCCUCACAACAGACUCGCGCAGAAGAUAACAAAGAAUGCCAUACUUGCGUAUCUCAAAGCGUUAUACAACGUGGGCAUGGUGCACUAUGAGCGAGCGUGCGAGACGUUCUACGCGUCGCCGUGCCGCGCGCCGGCGCUGUUCCUGCUGUCCAGCACCGACCCCGUGGGGAACGAGCGCAGGAUACGCCGCUGCUGCGACUUAUGGAUACAGAUGGGCAUCGAGUGCACGUGGCAGUGCUGGCCGCGCUCCCCACACGUGCGGCAUUACCUGAAGCAUCCUCAGGAGUAUGAAGCAUUGAUUCGUGCUCACAUCAGGAAGAACAUGUCUUCGCUGCGAUCGAAAAGUGAGCCUUGUGGAGAUGAAUGCGAGAAAUUGAAGCUUUCUGCUCUAAACUAAGUGUAUCCACAAAAUUGUGGAGACGCGAGCAUUGCGAAGGAUCACUAACUCCAUGAAAUAAGCUCAAGUGCUUUUAUUGUAAUGCAUCUAUAGUGUACUUACUUUACCUAACAAUAGAAAACUGAACUUGCAAAUCAGAUAAUUGGUACAGAGUUUUUGGACAUUGGAUAGCCCAUUAACCAUUUUAAGGAAUGCAACAUUAGCAGUAAGAUUGACAUACUAAAAAUUGUUCAGUUUUAUUAAUACGGAAUAUUACUUACACAGGUAACCUUCAAUAUAAUAGAUUUCAGUGAAUAUAACAGAACUCUACAAUGUCUCUUCUCCGGCAAAAUAUUCAUCCUUGACCUUGA